AGAGUCGUCGUCACGUGAUCAAAACAGGAAGAGCAGCGCCGCUGGACUCGUCUCGUGAUGAUCGAUGAUCAUUGAUCUCUAUGAGAAGGCGUAAUUACUGCUGUUUAAUUGCUGUUGCCAUGGCAGUGCUCCUCUUCAUCAUGUUCAUGUGUGGCGCCAUCAGCUCUCACACGAGCGUCGCGUCUCGAUCUCACGCGGACUUCAGGGUUUCCGGGCGCGCGCUCUACAAGCUGGACGUUUCGUGGCCGAAAAACCCCGAGCUGUUCAGCGGUCAGGUGUUCGCCGUGGCUGUCAAUCAUCUGCAGGGGCUCGUGUACGUGGCGCAGAGAGGCGAGAACAUCCCGAAAGUCUUGGUGUUCAGCACGGAUGGGGAUUUCCUGCAGGCCUGGAACACCAGCACUCUGGAGAUGCCUCAUGGGAUGUUCCUGGCCAACGUGUCGGGGGAUCCGUCAGUGUGGAUCACGGAUGUUGGGACCGGGCCGUACGGACACACGAUCAAGCAGUAUUCUCCGUCCGGGAAGCUGCUGCAGGUGCUGGGAUCGCCCGGGAAGGCCGGAUCUUCUCUCAGUCCGCUGCAGUUCGACCAGCCGGCGGAAAUAUUCAUCCACAGUUCUGGAGAAAUCUACAUCGUGGACGGAGACGGCGGCAUGAACAACCGUCUGAUUAAACUCUCCAGAGAUCUGCAGGUGCUGUGGAUGCACGGAGAGAAAGGUCAAGGUCUGGCUCAGUUCUACAUCCCUCACAGCGUGGCGGUCGACAGCUAUCAGAGGGUGUGGGUCGCAGACCGAGGAAACAAGCGCAUCCAGGUGUUUAACUCUGUGACGGGCGACUGGCUGGGGUCGUGGGGCAGCUGCUUCAAAGAGGACGCGCCGUACUCCGUCAGAUUCACUCCGGACCAGAAGUACAUGGUGGUGGCCCAGUUAAACACCAAUCAGAUCACGCUGCUGGAGGCUCCGCCCGUCGGCAUCAUCGGGCAGUGUCAGGUGAUCAGCACCGUUCAGCUGGCUGAAGACAUCAAACCGCACCUGGUGGACCUGGACCUGAAGAACGCAGAUCUGUACGUGGCGGAGAUCGGGGCCAGCCAGGCCCAGAAGUUCAUUCCUCUGACGGCCGCGAGCGUUUAGAGGUUCUGUCGUCUCCCGCUCCGAUCACAGAUUAUAACGGUUGAGCGCAGUGAGAAAAGGUUCGGGCUGAAACCGGUUUGAUUCGAGGUUAAUUGAUUGAUCGCUUCAGUGAAACUGUGAGCAACUUACCAGACAAAUCUCAGUCUUUCCAAACACACUAGAAACCACGGAAGCUUGUUUCCAACACGGAAUAACAAAAUGAAAAAGAUAACUGCGACUUUUUAUCGCACAAUUCUGACUUUUUUGUGCAGUUGCAAGUUUAUAUCUGGCAGUUCUGAUGUUUUUUUCGUAAUUGGGUUAGUCUCAAAAAGAUUUUAUUUGUAAUUGAGUUUAUACCUCGCAAUUCUGACUGUAUUUCUCACAAUUUUGAGUUUAUAUCUCGUAAUUCUGACUUUUUUUUCAUAAUUAUGAUUUUAUAUCACUCAACUCUGAAUUAUUUGUAAUUACAAGUUUAUAUUGCACAAUUCUGACUUUAUUUCUCGCAAUUUUGUUUAUAUCGCACAAUUCUGACUUUUUUCGUAAUAAAAAGUUUAUAUCUCAAAGUUCUGACUUUAUUUCUCGCAAUUUUGAGUUUAUAUCGCACAAUUCUGACUUUUUUCGUAAUGAGUUUAUAUUUUUUCGUAAUUACAAGUUUAUAUCUCGCAGUUCAGACUUUUUUGUGCAGUUGCAAGUUUAUAAUCUCACAAUUCUGAUGUUUUUUUCGUAAUUGGGUUAGUCUCAAAAAGAUUUUAUUUGUAAUUGAGUUUAUACCUCGCAAUUCUGACUUUUUUUUCGUAAUUACGAGUUUAUAUCUUACAAUUCAGACUUUUUUCGUAAUUGAGUUUCUUGCAGUCUUGACUUUUUUUUUGCAAUUUAGUAUAUAUUCUGAGAAUUGUGAGGAAAAAGUCAGAAUUGUAAGAUAAAAAGUCACAAUUACCUUUUUUAUUUUUUGACUCUGUGGCAGAAACAAGCUAAUAAACAUAAUCAAAGUCUCAGUAUAACGAUCAAAGAAAUAUGAUGUUGAUUUCAGGUGAUUCUCAGAGGAAUAAAGCGAGCAGAGAGGAUUCUGGGUAGAAUUCUGCACAUCUGUGGAAAUCCACUUGUUUUGUAUUUUGCACUGUAGUUUGUUAUUGUGAAUAUGGUAUUUAAUAUGGUGUUUAAUCCUGUGUUUCUGAGAAAAUAAUGUUCUUGUGAUUCUGUAUGAUAAUUUAAGCUUUGUAUAUAUUUGUUUUUCGCCUGUCUUUAAACACACGACACAAAUGUCACAUUUUGACAUUUUAAAGAGUGAGGCUUUUCUGUGAAGAUCCAAGAACCUUUGUUCACGUCCUCAGAUGAUUUUAUGAUAUUUAUUCAUAUAGAUGUGAAGCUGUGCUGAAGGUUAGUGAUCAUCACCUGUCGACAGUGUUUGAGAUGUUAUUGAAUAUUAUUACUGAAACAAAUGAAAAGUUUCUGUUUAAAUUCAAUAAACUGGGAUGGAGUAUAA